AAAAUUAACUGAAGGAUGUAGUUCAGUUGAUAUUUUAUGUUAGUUUCCAAAAAAGCUUUAAUUUUCAACUGCUUAUAAUUCGAAAAUUAUUAGUGUCUUCAUUUUCGCUGAGAAAAAAUUGUCUCCGAAUGAAACCAUGAAUAUGCCAUUAUAAACUUUUUCGCCAGUUCUGGGAUACCUUGUAUAUAUAUAUAAAUAUAUAUAUAACAACCUCUAAAGUUUUGUUGACCUAACACAUAUUUAUCAUGAUGACACGUACAGAGAAUCAGUCAGUCUUUCGUGGUCUGUUGAACCAUAUCGUGGUAGAUACAAUAAUUCUAAUAAAGUAUGUGUAAAUAAAUAUAUUCUUCGACCAUUGCAUACUGCUAAAGCAUUAAUUUGGUGCAGUAAUUUUAUAAAAUAUAUAAGUUUUUUUAAUAUAAAUUUGCAAUUAACAUACUGUUCCAAAAUAUUAAAGUGUGUUUUCAAGAUCUAAAAUAAAUAUUCCUUUUCUUCGACAUGAUGAUAUUCUUGAAACUAUUAUUAAGUAGCGGAUCAAUUUUUAUCGCUGCGACGGCUUUUAUUCGUAAUGAAUCUCGAUGUUAUGAAUCACCAGAAUAUGUAAAACCAAUACAUUACGAUAUCAAGUUUGCAUCAGAAAUUAAAGAAAAUAUUUUCUAUGAAGAAUACAAUAUCAGCAUAAACAUUUGUGACAAAAGGCGAAACAUAUAUUUACGGUCAGAAAAAUUAUGUAUAAAGAACAUUGACAAAUAUUGACAAAAAUCAGGAGAAUGAUAAAGAUACAAUAUAUAAAUCGAAAUAUUAUAUUAAUAAAGACACAAUUAUAAUUGCCUUUAAAGAUGAAUUAUCACCAGGAAAUUACAUUUUAAAUAUAAAAUAUAUUGGUAUUGCUGAUAAAAGUUUCAGAAUUUUUAACAUGGGAAAAAAACUAGCUGCUUUGCAUUUCCAGAUAAUAUACUCCACACGAAUAAUUAAUUGUUGGGAUAAACAAUAUUUAAUAGAAGCAACCUUUAACAUAUCUAUAGGUUGUAAACUAUGCACGGCUUUGUCAAUCAUGCCAUUGCAAAAGACGGAAACAUCUAAGCACAAUAUGUCAUGGACACACUUCGAUACCACAACUGCAAUGUCGCCUUAUCUCGAUCCAAUCUGCAUUUGACAUAGAAUUUGCAGAAAGUGUAGCAGAAAAUAUCGCGUUGGAUUUUCAAAGAUAUUGGAAUAAUUCAAACAAUAUUUCGCACGUCACUCAUGCUGCAAUUCCAAAUUUCCAUGACAAAAGCAUCAUAAUUUUCGGAUUUGUUUUUUAUAGGGAAAUAGAUAUCAUCUUUAAUAGAUUUUUAUAUCCUGUUGUUCGCAAAAUCCAAGUAGUAUAAUUCGUAGGAUAUAAAGUGGCACAGCAAUGGUUUUAUAAUAUGAACAAUCCGUUUCUGUCAACUUUUUGGUUUAAUAUGGGUCUUACUACAUUUCUUGCAAUAGAUGCUGUCGAUUGGACGUAUCCAGAACUUCAAAUAAUGAAUUUGUGUGUUGUUCAAAAUCAACAUUAUUCUUUUUCUUUGGAUGGUGAUUAUCAUAUGUGGAAUUCUCCUAUGCAAAAUAACAGUUUAUUAAACAUUCGCCAAUCCAUCAGAGCAUCUUUUUUAGUGCGCAUGUUACAACACGCCUUCACCAAACAAUUAUUUUGGAAAAGCGUUCGCUCAUAUAUACUUGACAGCGAAAGUAUGGUGCAGUUUGGGGCAAAACUUGAGGCUGCUGUAGGAAAACAUAUUACACGGCAAUUAAUGACUGGACGGUAUAAGAAAACGCAUUAUUGUCCUAUCAUAAAAAUAAUACGAAAUUAUGGGGAUACCAUGAACAAAGUGAAUGUAUCGAUACAAUAUAUCGACACAUUAGAAAUUGACUGCCUUCCUGUAACUUUUACUAGGGAAGCGUGUCCCCAUUUUAAAAAUUUUACUCAUUAUAUGGUGUGCGUGGGAAAGGAUUUAAAAUUGUCAUUAACAUCUAAUGAGAGUGGUUGGAUGAUAUUCAAUAUACAACAAAUUGGUUAUUACCGCGUGAACUAUGAUAAGGAGAAUUGGCAAAGAAUUUCAAAUUAUUUAAACUCUGAAUAUUACACGAAAAUUCAUGUUCUUAAUCGUGCCCAAAUUAUUGAUGAUGCAUUUCAUUUAAUGAUAGCAGGCCAACUCGAUUCAUAUCUAUUCUGGGAUAUCAUAAAGUAUCUGCAUCGAGAAGAAGAUUAUAUAGCUUGGUAUCCUAUGUUUAAAGCUCUGGAAUACAUGUUCGGUACCUUUUCAGCGUUGGGAGAAAAAUUUAACAAUGUUAAGGAACUAACAAGACACAUAUUAGGCAAGGUACUUAGAGAAAUCAAAUACGAAGAAAUUCAUGAGAAAGACGAACUUAGAAAGUGUUUACGACAAGAAGCUGCAAGAUGGGAUUGUUUUCUCGGUAGCACCACUUGUAAGAAAGAAGCAAACAAUAAAUUAAAACAACAUAUCAAAGAUUUUCAAACACACAGGUAA